UAGACACCGGGACGCAUCCAGCCCGAAGCUGGCGCGGCGUGCGGCAGCUGCGGCACAUUCCACAGCGCGCUCUAUUUAAAGCAUCCCGAGGCUCAGGGGAACAACUGCAGAGCAAACCUGAAAACCUGCCAGGAACCAGCAGAGCGGGAAUGGCAGAACCAGCCCAAGUCCCGCUGUCCCGUCUCGUCGUGCCGAUGCUCCUCGCCCUCGGCUGGAUCGUGGGUUGUGCGCUGAUGGUUUACAUCGUCUUCUCGUGAGAAGACAGAAGAAUUUACAAUAAUGUUGAUUAGAAGAACCUGGAAGUUGAAUUGACAUUUCUAAUGACUAAAAUACGUAGAAAAUGAAUUAUUUUUAAUAUCAACUCUGUAAACAUGGUGUAUGCUUCUUCUCCACAACAAAGGUUUGAAAUGUAUUUAGGAUGUCACAAAACCAGUUUUCAGAUGGUUUGUAGUUUCUGGAGUCCUGCCUGCUCUCCAGCAGCCUCUGCUGAUGCCACCUUGGAUUGGAGCAGUUUGGAAACAGUAUUCCCGGAGCUGGUGAUGCUCCGGUGGACCAACAAGGAGUUUGGCUCAUUUGUGAGAUGUGCCAAGCUGGGCAAGAAGUAUCUCAAUGCAUCUGGGCAAGUUUUAACUGAGUUAAGAGAGUGUUUACAGUUUCGUAGUAAAAAAACCCAUUAAAUGUAAAAUGUUGUGGUGGUGCACUGUCCCUGUCCCAAGAUCUGAAUUGUCAGUGCCCAAAUACAUUUUCUGAAAAUACAUGAAGUUCCUUUUUGAAACAA